AUGACACUGCCUUCGACGAUUACUCAGAACUUCCUGUCCAAGCCUAACCAGCUGGGCGUGGUGGCGGUUGGUUUCAAUGGAGGGCAGUGCAAAACAGGUGUCGAGGCCGCCCCGAUGGCCCUCAUCCAAGCCGGCCUCCUGGACCAACUCCGCGACGACCUCGGCUACGACCUGCACUACGACGGCGCAGUCCACAACUACGAGGACAAGAUGCCGCCCACGGACCCCGACCACCGCGGGAUGAAGAAACCCCGCGCGGUCAGUGCGGUCAACGAGACCCUAAGCUCGCAGGUCUACGAGCACGCCCGCGAAGGCCGGAUGGUACUAACCCUGGGCGGCGACCACUCCAUCGCGAUUGGCUCCAUCUCGGGCUCGGCCAAGGCCACCCGCGAGCGCCUGGGUCGCGACAUCGCCAUCAUCUGGGUCGAUGCGCAUGCUGACAUUAACAUCCCUGAGAUGAGCCCUAGCGGGAAUAUUCACGGUAUGCCCAUGGCGUUUUUGACGCGGCUCGCGCGCGAGGAGCAGAAGGAUAUCUUUGGGUGGUUGCGGGAUGAACAUAUCGUCAGCACGCGCAAGGUCGUCUAUAUCGGUUUGCGCGAUGUCGACCGCGGAGAGAAGCAGAUCCUCCGGGAACAUGGUAUCAAGGCGUUUAGUAUGCAUGAUGUUGACCGAUACGGAAUCGGCCGUGUGGUCGAAAUGGCCCUAGCCCACGUCGGAAACGACACCCCCAUCCACCUGUCCUUCGACGUCGACGCGCUGGACCCGCAGUGGGCGCCCAGCACUGGAACUCCCGUCCGCGGGGGCCUGACGCUCCGCGAAGGGGACUUCAUCUGUGAGUGUGUACAUGGGACGGGCAAUCUGGUCUCCAUGGAUCUGGUAGAGGUCAAUCCCAGUUUGGAAGAGGUGGGGGCAACGGACACGAUCCGAACGGGGUGCUCGUUGGUGCGCAGUGCGUUGGGGGACACGUUGCUGUGA